ACGAAACUAAUAAGUCCUUUAUUCGACUAUCAACAAAGUUGAGGAACCCGUGUCGCCUGUCGGCCGCUGAAUCUUUUUUACCGACAAAAACGACCGUAGUGACAUCUCUGCUUACCGCCCGGAACUACACUCUGACGUUAGGCUAGGUUCUUGAGCCCUAGUGUCAGCUCUAUCUCUAUAUAGACGGGGCUGGCGAGGCGAGCAUUGUAGCACGUGUUUAUUUUUUGAACUAAAACCAAACUAAAACGAAAAAACGAAGUGCGCGUUGUUUUUCUCCUCUCUAUAAAAUUUGAAAUUUACUUCUUAUAUUAUUAAAUAAGAACAGAAUUAAUGGGGAAACAAAAAAGAAAUAGACGUAAACUACAUAAAGAAAAUCCUACGGGUCUUGUGUCGGUUAAAGAUUUCGAUGAAUCCACGGAAGAUGUUGAAGAAAAUCGAGACUCCGCACUUCAAACAGUAUGCGGCCAGUUGCAAUCACCAAGCAUGGAAGAAAAGUUAUCAGCGCUCCAAACUGUUGAAUCAAUGUGCUGCGACAAAGGUCAAGCACUGCUCAUUCUUGACAGAGGAUUAGCAAAAAUCAUUGGGCCAUUGCUGGUAGAUUCAUAUAUUACAGUCAGAGCUGCUAGUGCCUCUGCCUUGAGACGCUUGGGUGAAAAUGGUGGAGAAGAGGCUUAUGAAGUUCUGCUUCAGGAUGACGUAAUGACGCCAUUAACCGCCCUGCUGAAAAAGUAUUACAGUAACUGGCAACCGAACCAGCCGGUGGAAAGUACUAAGGGUCGUAUGGAUGAUGAGAAAGAAACUUUAAUAGAGGCAAUAACACUGUUAUGGUCUUUGUGUGAAAAUAGCGAAUGCAUCAUGAAAUAUUCCAAUGAAGAAAAGCUUGUUUCGCUGUUGGUAAAAUUAUUGGAUCAUACAAGGUAUGGGUCGGUGGUAAGCGUUGUGGCGGCACAGUGUAUGCUAACGCUUACAGAAGAUAAUCCAUCGGCGUUGGAAGAGUUAAAGGAACAUGAACAGAUGCUCCUCAGCGUUUUGAAUUUGAAAUCGAGAAACGAAAGAGAGAGCAGUGAAAUAAUACCUCUGAAAACGCUCACAGCUGGAUUGUUGAUGAAUCUCAACAAUGAAUUCACAACAAAAUCUGAUAAUAUUGCAAUAAUGUGUAAAGUGAUGGGUGUUCUUGCUGAAACUUUGGCUAUAGAUCACAAAAGUAUAAUAGUUGAAUUGGCAUCUAUGUUACCGAGUGAAAAGGGCAAUCUGUCGCGUAGUACGAGAUUCAAGUUACAAGCAGCAAAAAAAAUUCUUGGAGCUCAACAACAAGCUCUUGAAAUUUUAACAAACCUAUGUUCCGACGAGCAAGAUUAUCAACUUGACACUGAAUUUGACGAUUCCGAUCAAACCGAAUACGAAAAUGAAUACAUGGAUGACGAUCCUAUGACCGAUAAACCGUCUUGUAAAGUUAUUUCCAAUCUACCCGUCACCCUCAUAGAAGUUAUAACGAGUACUGCUUUGAAUGACAAUAUUAUCGAUAAAAUUUUGGCUCCUGAUAAAUCAGUAAUCGAACAAUUGAAUGCCUUUUCCGAUUGCGAAUCCGUCAUAAAGCAGAUACACACAUUGCGUUGUCGAGCUUUUCUUUGUCUCAAUAACUUGAUUGCGAGUUUAGAUGUCGAUAUAUUUGGAGGUGUUGAACAAUUGUACAGGUUAUGGCUUCAAAUUGGGACCAUCGUUUUUCACGAUUGCGAGGCAAAUGACAUUGAAUUACUGGAAUCUGCGACCGCGGCUAUGCGCGCAGUUGUUCAAAAAUUGGCUGAAUUACGAGCGAACACUUUUGAAAAAUUAACAAUUGCCGAUAUAGAACCAAUGUUGAACGGCGAACGACAUUGCACCAAUCCAAAUAUUCGGGUAAAUUUAAUCCGGAUGUUGGGCAAUGUGGCUUUAAUUAUAAGCCCUUCGAUUGAGUAUUCUGGAUUAGUCAAACACGUUUCUACAUCUCUGUUGGAUAUUUGUAUUCGAGAAACCGAAGUCUGGGUAAUGGCUGAGGCGUUGGACGCCAUUAUGGACAUUUUUGCAGAGGAUGAAACAGAUCUUAUGGCCGAAGAAAUAAAACUCCUUCCAAAAUUGCACAGUUUAGUUCCCAUUUUGACAAAUAAGAUUCGUCAACAAAGAAAAAAUUUAGGAGACCACACUUCGGUAGUGUCUACAGUGAAAACGAAUUUAUCACGAUUUAUUAAGUAUAAAGAACGUCAGCUGGCAAAGCUCAAUGCAACGAAUGAAGAGAUCAGAGAAAUCUCAUUCGGUUUUACAUUUACGAAACAUCAACGUUUACCACGACAACGGGCUAAACGAAUGGUGAUUUCCACCCGACAAAUGAAUGAGUCACAAAUGGAGAACCCGGUCGUCUCAAUUCACGAGCAAUCAAGAGCAUGUGACGUGACGAAUGACCGAACCCCGCUGAAACUCGACAUGCAAUAGUCGCGGGAUUCAGAAUUCCAUCACUUCAACCUUCCACUCAACUGUGAAAAACCAAGUAUGGGUCCCGCGCGGGGCGCGGGGCUGAUUAUAUUCUCAUAGUUCGGAUACGAAUUCAAAGUUCAAUCUGUACUCUAAUUCCAAUUAGUUAACUAUCAUAGUCGAGUUACCGAUGCCGUGUCAGAUGUUAAGGUAAAAUAAUAUAUUCGACCUCUUCUCA